AUGCUGGUGGAAGCGGAGGGGGCCGGCCGGGUGCCUCCGGAGCUCGGCUGGCAGGGCCCGGCGGGGCGUGUGCGGCUGCUGGUGCAAGCCCCCCCGCCCCACCCCUCCCCAUGCAGCCCUGGCAGUGCCUCCGGCGCUUUGCCCUGGCCUGGUGGGAGAGGACAGCGGAGGGCAGAGCCCGAUCUCCCAGGGAGGAGGCCGGACCAAGGGACCCCGGGGGCCGAGGGGAGCCAGGAAGGCCCUCCCUUUGUCACCUCCCACCUCUGCUCCUCCCUGAAGUGUCCCUCCCUGACCACCUCCAGGCUUGCCCCUCUGAUCACCACAGAUGUCUGGUGCCUUAAAGCCCAGCAGCCUGGGGAUGGUGGCGUGGUGACAGAUCCGGAGCGGAGCAGCCCCCCCAUGCUGUCUGCAGACGAUGCCGAGUACCCGCGGGAGUACCGGACCCUGGGGGGCGGGGGCGGCGGGGGCAGCGGGGGCCGGCGCUUCUCCAACGUGGGGCUGGUGCACACGUCCGAGCGGCGGCACACGGUGAUCGCCGCCCAGAGCCUGGAGGCGCUCAGCGGGCUCCAGAAGGCGGAUGCCGACCGCAAGCGCGAUGCCUUCAUGGACCACCUGAAGAGCAAGUACCCGCAGCAUGCCCUAGCCCUGCGGGGUCAGCAAGACAGGAUGCGGGAGCAGGUUGGCGGCUGGACCGUGGACCCCGUGUGCCUUCUCAGCUCCCUCUGCUCCCACCUCCACGGCGACUCCGCCCCCUCCGGGGCUGGCCAGCCGGCCCAGCAGCCAAACUACUGGAGUUUCAAGACCCGCAGCUCACGCCACACUCAGGGAGCCCAGCCUGGGCUGGCAGACCAGGCGGCCAAGCUGUCGUACGCCUCGGCCGAGUCACUGGAGACCAUGUCAGAGGCCGAGCUCCCCCUAGGCUUCAGUAGGAUGAACCGCUUCCGACAGAGCCUACCCCUCUCCCGCUCAGCCAGCCAGACCAAGCUGCGCUCACCAGGGGUGCUGUUCCUGCAGUUCGGGGAGGAGACUCGGCGCGUGCAUAUCACGCACGAGGUUAGCAGCCUGGACACGCUGCACGCACUCAUCGCGCACAUGUUCCCGCAGAAGCUCACCAUGGGCAUGCUGAAGUCGCCCAACACAGCCAUCCUUAUCAAAGAUGAGGCUCGCAACGUCUUCUACGAGCUGGAGGACGUCCGGGACAUCCAGGAUCGCAGUAUCAUCAAGAUCUAUAGGAAGGAGCCACUCUACGCCGCUUUCCCUGGCUCACACCUCACCAACGGGGACCUUCGGAGAGAGAUGGUGUAUGCGUCGCGGGAGUCGUCGCCCACGCGGCGCCUCAACAACCUGUCGCCAGCGCCACACCUGGCCUCAGGCUCUCCGCCGCCGGGGCUACCAUCAGGACUGCCGUCGGGCUCGCCGUCGCGCUCGCGCCUCUCAUACGCCGGGGGGCGCCCGCCCUCCUACGCCGGCAGCCCGGUGCACCACGCGGCUGAGCGGCUGGGAGGCGCCCCCGCCGCCCCGGGCGUUAGCCCGAGCCCCAGCGCCAUCCUGGAGCGGCGCGAUGUGAAGCCGGACGAGGACCUGGCGGGCAAGGCGGGCGGCAUGGUGCUGGUGAAGGGCGAGGGCCUCUACGCCGACCCCUACGGGCUGCUCCACGAGGGCCGCCUGAGCCUGGCGGCGGCCGCCGGGGACCCGUUCGCCUACCCGGGCGCCGGUGGCCUGUACAAGCGCGGCUCGGUGCGCUCGCUCAGCACCUACUCGGCCGCCGCGCUGCAGUCCGACCUGGAGGACUCGCUGUACAAGGCGGCGGGCGGCGGCCCGCUCUACGGCGACGGCUACGGCUUCCGCCUGCCGCCCUCGUCGCCGCAGAAGCUGGCCGACGUGACCGCGCCCCCGGGCGGGCCCCCGCCGCCACACAGCCCCUACUCGGGGCCGCCCAGCCGCGGCUCGCCGGUGCGCCAGUCCUUCCGCAAAGACUCGGGCUCCUCGUCGGUCUUCGCCGAGAGCCCCGGAGGCAAGACCCGCAGCACCGGGGGCUCCUCGACGGCCGGAGCGCCCCCUUCCGAGCUCUUCCCCGGGCCUGGGGAGCGCCCGCUCGUUGGAUUCGGGCCGCCUGUGCCAGCCAAGGACACGGAAACCAGGGAGCGCAUGGAGGCCAUGGAGAAGCAAAUUGCCAGCCUCACAGGCCUGGUGCAGAGUGCCCUACUGAGAGGUUCGGAGCCUGAGACCCCCAGUGAGAAGAUUGAAGGCUCCAAUGGAGCAGCCACCCCCUCAGCACCCUGUGGGUCAGGCAGCCGGAGCAGCGGGGCCACCCCAGUGUCCGGCCCACCCCCGCCUCCGGCCAGCAGCACCCCUGCGGGGCAGCCCACUGCCAUCAACCGUUUGCAGAUGCAGCUGCACCUGCGUGGCCUGCAAAACAGCACGAAUGACCUGCGCAGCCAGCUUCAGCAAUUGCGAAAGCUCCAGCUACAGAACCUGGAGUCGCUGCGCGCGCUGCUGAAGGGCACGGAGGCGGAGCUGAGCAUGCGCGUGUCGGAGGCGGCGCGGCGGCAGGAGGACCCGCUGCAGCGGCAGCGCACCCUAGUGGAGGAGGAGCGGCUGCGCUACCUCAACGACGAGGAGCUCAUUACCCAGCAGCUCAAUGACCUGGAGAAGUCGGUGGAGAAGAUCCAGAGGGAUGUGUCCCACAACCACCGACUGGUGCCCGGGCCUGAGCUGGAAGAGAAGGCGCUGGUGCUGAAGCAGCUCGGGGAGACGCUGACUGAACUCAAGGCUCACUUCCCAGGCCUGCAGAGCAAGAUGCGGGUAGUGCUGCGUGUGGAGGUGGAGGCGGUGAAGUUCCUGAAGGAGGAGCCCCAGCGCCUGGAUGGGCUACUCAAGCGGUGCCGGGGGGUCACGGACACCCUAGCCCAGAUCCGAAGGCAAGUGGACGAGGGUGUGUGGCCACCCCCCAGCAACCUCCUGAGUCAGUCCCCCAAGAAGAUGACGGCUGAGACGGACUUCAACAAGAGCUUAGACUUCGAAAUGCCACCCCCUAGCCCUCCGCUGAACCUCCACGAGCUGAGUGGGCCAACCGAGGGGGCCCCUCCAGCCCCCAAGGCGGGCAACCCCACCAAAGGCCUGGACACUCCUGGCAAGAGAAGCGUGGACAAGGCUGUGUCUGUUGAGGCUGCCGAGCGGGACUGGGAGGAGAAGCGGGCAGCCCUGACCCAGUACAGCGCCAAGGAUAUCAACCGGCUGCUGGAGGAGACACAGGCGGAGCUGCUGAAGGCCAUCCCUGAUCUAGACUGUGCGAGCAAGGCCCACCCAGGCCCAGCCCCAACCCCGGACCACAAGCCCCCCAAGACCCCCCACGGCCAGAAGGCAGCCCCCCGAACGGAGCCCAGUGGGAGGAGAGGUUCAGAUGAGCUGACAGUGCCCCGAUACCGCACCGAGAAGCCCUCCAAGUCACCCCCGCCACCCCCUCCCCGCCGGAGCUUCCCCUCCUCCCAUGGCCUGACCACCACGCGCACCGGAGAGGUCGUGGUCACCAGCAAGAAGGACUCGGCCUUCAUCAAGAAGGCCGAGUCCGAGGAGCUGGAGGUGCAGAAGCCCCAGGUGAAGCUGCGCCGGACUGUGUCCGAGGUGGCCCGCCCAGCCUCCACACCCCCAAUCAUGGCCUCUGCCAUCAAGGAUGAGGACGAUGAGGACCGCAUCAUCGCAGAGCUGGAGGUGUUUGAGAGAAGCUCAGUGUCUCCCCUCCCCCCCACGCCCCGCCGCCAGCCGAUCCCCACCUUGCUGUCCCCCCCGGACCUGGGGCCCCCCAGGGGCUCAGCCCCGGGCCCCACAUGGAAGAGCGGCGGUGGCAGCGUGCCUCCCAUGAAGGUGGUGACUCCAGGGGCCUCUCGGCUGAAGGCGGCCCAGGGCCAGGCAGGCAGCCCCGACAAAGGCAAACAUGGCAAGCAGAGGGCCGAGUACAUGAGGAUCCAGGCCCAGCAGCAGGCUACUAAACCAUCUAAAGAGAUGAGUGGUUCGAAUGAGACCUCAAGCCCAGUCUCAGAAAAGCCUUCGGCUUCCAGAACCUCCAUCCCCGUAUUGACUUCCUUUGGAGCGAGGAAUUCUUCCAUCUCCUUCUAGAAGCUUCCUUAUAACCCCACCCCAGCCUGCCCUCCUCCCUCUUCCCUGCCAUAUCUCUCUUUCCUCUGCUUCCCUUCAUUUCCACCUCAUUGUCCAGAAUCUCUGAAGAGUUUGCCAUGGAUGUGGCCCUCUCAGCUCUCUCUGCCCAUCCCCUGUUGGUGUUUUUGGUUUUUUGAAUGAUUCAUUUUUGUCUUUUUUUUUUUUAAGGGGGAAAAAAAAAAGCAAACCAGUAAAACUAAAGACCAAAACACACCACCUUCCCUUGAUUUCUUAUUCCAGAAUGGCGCACUUCCUGUCACCGUCCUUCCCUUUUCUCUUUCCCCAUGCUCCCUCCCAAAUCCAUCCUGAAGUUCCUGCACCCCUGCCCUCCCUUCUCACUCCCCUCCCCAUGCUUCCCAAGAGCACUCCAAACAAACUCUGAGCCACGGAGACUUGGAGGGGCAAGACAGCCCCUUUCCCCCAUCUUCAGAAACCUUCCUGGAGGAAAACCUGGACAUUGGACCAACCCCAAAUUCAGGCUAGAAAAUUGGACGUAAGGAGACUUUGGCCCGGGAGGUGCCGCACCUGCCCACCCUCAGGACAUGACUGAAAUCUGCUGCUUCUCUGCUCCCAUCCACUCAUGCCCGGGUGGGCCUGGAGUCAAGACAGGUGGGCUGCAGAGGGAGGCCAGAGUCAGAGGGGCCUCUGGGUGGUGUGACGCCACUGAAUCUGUGUGUCCCUGGAGAGGAGCUGGCUUCCCGGGACCACCUCCCUGCGUGAGGAGCUGCCUGGCCCGUGCCAGCGGGAGGAACGGGGCACCUUUGGACUGCUGGCUGGGGACGGUGGGUUGAGCAGACAGCCUGACGCCGGGGACACUGUCUUGGGAGAGGGCAGACCCGAGGAGGGGUAUCUGAUAUUUUAGUUUCCUAAUUUAGCACUUUAAAUGACAUUAACUUAUUUAAUGGGGUGGGAUGGAUAAGAAUG